CUGAAGGAUAUGGCUACUGUGCUGAGACAAGCAAAUCGGGCUGAAGAGGCUAUUGAGGCAAUAAGAUCCUUCCGUGAUCGUUGCCCCAAUGAAGCUCAGGAAUCUCUUGACAAUAUUCUUCUUGACCUAUACAAGAAAUGUGGCAGGACAAAAGAGCAGAUUGAAAUGCUGACAAUGAGGUUAAGAAUUGUUGAUGAGGAGCUAGCUUCUGGCCGGUGGAAAACUAAGUUGUCUAAAUCUCAUGGAAGAGUAGUUUAUCUGUCUCUCAGGGAUGAAAAAGCAAGGUUGUUGGGUAACCUUGCCUGGGCUCAUAUGCAGUCUGAAAAUUAUGAUGAGGCCGAAAUGCUCUACAGGCAAGCUCUUGCUAUAGAAGCUGAUUAUAACAAGGAGUGCAACUUAGCCAUAUGCCUGAUAAAGACCGGAAAGGUAGCUGAAGCUAAAUACCUUCUCCAAUCUAUACCUGACAACUGCAGCGAUGAAAGCCAUGUGAGGUCUUUUGCUCGGGCCACUGAAAUGCUUAAAGAACUUGAGUCACCAACACUCCCAUCUCCCAUAACUCAGAUCAAAUCUAAAGAAUCACUAAUCUGGCUUGCUAUUGAUGCGGAGAACCUUGAGCAUCUACAGCCACAGAUACUUUCAACUGCUCUGACACAAAUGAAAUCUGAAGAACCACAUAUUUCAGCUCCUGCUGUUGCAGAGAAGCAGGAGGAUUGCAAUUCACAAGUGUUUCCAUCUCCCAUUACUCAGAUGAAACGUGAAGAACCACAAAAUAUGAUUGCUACCAGUGGGGAAAAGAAUAAAAAAUGCCUGGAUGAGUACCAAGAUCUUUCUCGAUUGUUCAAUGAUGCUGCUACACCUCAGUCCUUGCUUGAGAAACUACGAAAACGGCUGGUUAAAGAGGACACACCAAAUAUCAGCACACAGCACCAAGCUCAGAUUCCUAGUUACACUGAAUGCUUGCCAAAAUCCAAUGGCGUCAAAGAUGCUAUUGAGAAUCCUAUGCAAGAGGGGAAGGCUCCUGUAAGUGUUGGAAAAAGAUGGGCCGACAUGGUGGAAGAGGAUGAACAUCAAUUGGAUGAUGUCAGAUCAACGAUUGGUAUGGACACUACUGAGCAAAAUGUGAGCAGCAAGCAUGCAAAUGAGAAGAUGUAUAGAACACCCUCAUCGUCUCAAGAAAGCAGUACCUUCCAAAUGUCAAGCGUGGGUGAUCACCUACAGAGUUCUUCAGCAGGUUCAUGGAGAUGCAAUGUCUCCAAAAUAUCCACAGAUGAGAAUGUGAACUUGAAGUUUGCCAGGACUGCUCCUUCAUGGAGACAGCAUAAGGUGGAAGAUUACAGUAAUCGAGUCUCCCAAAGGCUUGAUACAGUUCAUCUCAGUGAGAAAGCUCAAGGCACAGAGCAACCACCUUGGAGAAGCAGCACAGCUCAGCGUUCGCUUUUUCCUGAAUGGAAGUCCAAGUGUGAAAGAUGUGAAAGAUAUGGACAUGGUUAUGUGCCAUUUGGUGACAGUGAACAUUUUCAAGGUUCCAGUCACUUUGAGGCCACCCAUCGUUGGCCUAAGAACGCAACGGAUGCAAGACCAUGGAGGCCACAGAAUCGCCUCCGGGUCUUCCAGGAAAUCACAAAUGGGAUCAACCAAAAAGUUGUAUAAAUACACAUGUAAUCCUCAUUGCCACUGUUGAUGUAAGUUCUUCCCAGUAAGUAGUUUGCACUAGAGAUGAGAUUGGUGAGAAAUAGCUCCUCAUACAAGGUUCUCCUUUGAGAAGAUGCGCUACUAGCGCUUAACUUGUAACAGUUCCAAAGAGGAUCACAGUAAUCGUAUUGGGCAAACUCUCUGAGCAUUGCCAUACAUGGUUCAUAUGUCCGUGUAUCUGAGACUUGAGAGUCCACAAAAAAACACUACGUGUGCAUGACUCAUGUCUCAUGGAUUGUACCAUCGUGAUCUGUAAAUGGGAGCAAAAAUCUGGUUGUGAUUCAGUUACAGUGUCUGAAGGAAUCUUUUCUUCCCAUAUACUACA